AUGGAUAAAUUGCUAAAUCAACUAAUAAAGCUUGUUAGCGAAGACGACGAUAUAAUAGAUCCAGACGGUAUUAGGUCUUGUGAGGAUGAUGAAGUUGGAGAACUCUAUAAAUGCAAGUUUAAUCUUGUAAAUUAAAGAAGCUUUGGUAUUGAGUGUUUUAGACAAUGGGUUAUACUCUUGCUUUCUAUUGGCAUGAUUGCAUUUUUCUCAUAUUGCUUAUACAAACUGUACAAAACACAAAGAGCAUUUACAUUUGACUUCCUUAUGAUCUUAAUUGAGACAUUUAAAUUUAUAUUCAUCCAAAUGAUAACUUUGCUUCUGAUUAUGAUAUUUUAAUCUUAAAUCAGAGCCAUUGUUUGUGCUAAUUUUAUUAAAAAAGCAUUGGUUGCAACCUAAUAAGAGCACAAACUGAAUCAAUCGAACAAAUCUGAAGAUGAAUAAAUAAUUGGGCUGCUCGAUGAUCAAAAAUAGAAACAGUGUCUAGAACUUUAGAUAAAAAGACUUUCAAUCGGCUACCUCUUAUUCGCAAUAUUUGAUCUAAUGCUUCUUGGAAUUGGAAAUGUGAUUGAUAGUAAUGAGCAUCAAGUAUUCUUUUGUGUUGAAAGUUGGUAUUUACUAUACAUUGAGGCUCCAGCCGUAUGGUUCAUACUUUUUCACAUGCUUUUCUUUUACGUAUUCUCCAUCUUGAUCUGGUACAUUUUCUAUCAGAUUCCUAAUUAGCAUGGCUUAAUUAAGAGAAUGUAUGCCAAGGAUCUAAGAAUGACAUAGAACUACAAGAGUACAAUUUCAACUGGAAAUUUAAAGGAGAGCGAAGUUGUUGAAGAGUUCAUGAAGGCAACUCAAAAUACUGAAAUUGCUCCGGUCUCGCCUUUACUAAGAAAAAUUACAGUGAUUAACGAUACUUCCCCAAGAUUCAUAACUAGCCCAAAUUAAUAUUCUCCGAAAAACAAAACAAUGAUUAGCAAACAGAAUAUCAAUUUCUCUGAAGUCAAUAACUAUAAUUUUCAAUCAAAUCUUAAUGGCAGUGGAACUUCUUAAGAAUUCAAAGAUGUUCAUGUUGAAGCAGAUGACAUUAGUACAAAUAACUAAAACACUAACUCUGAAUAUCUUUUAGUUCCGAAUCCUAACAUUAAUAACAAUCAAAAGAAAAAGAAAAAGUAUAAUAUGUUUAAUAAGCCUGAAGUGACUGGGAGUGUAUACUCCAAAACUAGAAAUAAUAGCAAGUUCGAUAACUGA